GUGGCGCUUGUUUAGUUCGUGAAAUCGUGAGCGAGUUCGCGUUGGCCUGGCGCAGCAAGCGUUUCGUUCUCUCAUCGGCUCCGCGGACUCCGCAUAGGAGCGAGGGCCUCAAGCAGUAGACAGGCAUACUACACGAACUUUACACCGCUAGCACUCGCCAUACCAGCCUUCCGAAUCGUACAUGAGGAUUCAAGAGGCGCGCCGUGCUGGCGAACUUCAUAGUAAAAUUAAUUCGACGUAGUUAGACGUAAAUAGUGCGAGUGUGCGUGUGAUAUUUAAUAGACAUUUUUAAAGGCAUUUUUCGUCGAAUGUUUGGCGACAUUUUUUGACAACUCUGGACUAUAUCGGAUCUUUUUUGGGACUAUUUCUAAUAUUUAUAUAAGUGUCUACCGACUGAAGAAUCAACAAUUGUUUUAAAAUAAGGACCAAAGUAAAACUCUAGGAAAUCAACAUGGCGGAAGCCCAUUCGGCUGUUGCCUUCUCGUUCGCCAUCACUCACGAGGGAUGGGACGUCAACUUCGACCGCGAGGUCCUCAACCUCGUGUGGCAAUCGGGCAUGCGAUCAUGGAAGAAACGCGUCGCUAGAUUCAUGAACAGUGUACACAAUGGUGUCUAUCCAGCACACUUAUGGACGUUAUGGUUGACGAUGACAGUCAUCUCGGCGAUACAUUUUUCAGGAUAUAAAGUGCCUUAUGACUUGGUCGCGAAAAUAAUGCCAAUACUACCUGGUGAUACAGUAAAAUGGCAGCUAGUGGCGAGUAUGGCAACGGCGUUGAGCAUUUGGCUAUGCAUAAUCUACACAAUGCGAUACACGCUGAAAGCGCUGCUGGUGUACAAAGGGUGGAUGUAUGAGUCGCGCGUGCGCGGCUCGAAACCCUCGCUGAAAACACAAAUAUGGCUCGCGCUGGUGACCAUGUUCCGCGGAUGGAACACACCGAAACUUUACAGUUUCCAGGGCUCCCUGCCAAAACUGCCCGUACCAAAGCUUCACGACACAAUGAGCAGAUACCUGCAAAGCGCACGGCCACUGCUCGAUGACACAAACUAUGCGCGCAUGGAGCGUCUGGCAGCCGAAUUUGAGAAAGGUAUCGGUGUGAAAUUGCAACGUUAUCUAAUAUUAAAGUCUUGGUGGUCCAGUAAUUACGUGUCUGAUUGGUGGGAGGAGUACGUGUACUUGCGCGGCCGCUCCCCGCUGAUGAUUAACUCUAACUUCUAUGGCAUUGACACAAUCAUGAUGGAGACCGCCGCGACGCAGGCGGCUCGCGCCGCCGCCGCUAUUUACUCAUGUUUGAAUUACCGUAGAUUGGUUGAGAGGCAGGAGCUGCAACCGAUCCUCAUACAAGGCCUCAUCCCGCUGUGCUCUUGGCAGUACGAGCGCAUAUUCAACACGACGCGCGUGCCCGGCGUCGAGACCGAUAAGAUCCAGCAUUGGGCCGACAGCAAUCACAUCUGCGUCUAUCACAAAGGCUGCUAUUACAAGGUGAUCAUCUACAAGGGUCGCCUGUUGAACGCCGCAGAGAUUCAAAAACAAUUGGAGUAUAUUUUGAAUGAUAAAGCCGAACCUUUGCCUGGCGAAGAAAAGUUGGCAGCCCUGACUGCAUGGGAGCGCACCAAGUGGGCUAAUACUCGCAGAGUGUACUUCAACAAUGGCGUCAAUAAACAGUCAUUGGACAUCAUCGAAAAAGCUGCGUUUUGUUUGACAUUAGAUGAUCACUCUUAUAAAUAUGAUCCUGAAGAUUCCACGCAGUUAGAUAAUUUCGGUAAAAAUUUGUUACACGGGAAAGGCUACGACAGAUGGUUUGACAAAUCAUUCACGCUGUGUGUCGGCACUAACGGAAGACUCGGAUUUAACGCUGAACAUUCAUGGGCUGAUGCAGCUGUGAUGUCACACAUUUGGGAGAUGGUCGUGAGCGACGAGGUCGAAAUCAAUCGAUACACCCCCGAAGGCAACGCUAAAGGUGAAGUCCUGAUUGAACCACCAACUCCGCAACGUCUCAAGUGGGACAUGAAAGAAGACUGCCAGAAAUCUAUCGAACUCGCCGUGAUCGCCGCUAAUGAAUUAAUCGCUGACAUAGACUUAAAAAUCAUGGUCUUCAACACCUACGGCAAGCGCUUCAUGAAGACAUGCAAAGUGUCACCAGAUGCUUAUCUGCAGAUGGUCCUCCAACUAGCGUACUACCGCGACGCUGGCAAGUUCAGCUUGACAUACGAAGCGUCCAUGACGCGAUUGUACCGCGAAGGCCGCACUGAAACUGUGCGACCGGUAACACUGGAGUCAAACGCCUGGGUAAAAGCAAUGUGCAACAAAGACUGCAGUGUCGAUGAGCGCGUCGCGUUGUUAUUGAAGGCAUGCACACGCCAUCAGCGCGCCUACCAAGACGCCAUGUGUGGUAAAGGCAUCGAUCGACAUCUUUUCUGUCUAUACGUGGUGAGCAAGUACCUAGAAGUGGACUCGCCCUUCCUUAAGGAGGUACUUAGCGAGCCGUGGAGGCUCUCAACAUCGCAAACACCACACGGGCAGACGGGCAGGAUGGACUUCAAUAAAUAUCCGAACUGUAUUUCAGCCGGUGGUGGAUUUGGGCCGGUUGCUGAUGAUGGCUAUGGUGUCUCCUACAUUAUCGCGGGAGAAGACAAUUUAUUCUUCCACAUAUCCAAUAAGAAGAGCAACGGGCAAACGAAUUGCCACCGUUUUGCGAAACACAUCGAGCAGGCGAUGCUGGACAUGCGCGAACUGUUCACACAGUACAAAAAGCUGCAGCAAAAUGGCAGCAGUAAAUAAAACCAGCAGCGACGAAGAAAUGACGAAUCAAAUAGUAAUUUAAGGCAUAACGUGUAACAUAAGUCAUUGUGGUAUUUGGUUUCUUUGUAACUAUUCGCGUCUCCCGCGGAACUUUCGACUUUUCUCUUAGGUUCUUGCGCAUCAACUUUUUUAUGAUUGACAAUUGACCACGCGUUUCUCGUUUGUUAUUUGUUUUGGGUAUUAAGUAUAUUAUUGUUAUUAAUGUUUACGACUUAAUCAUAAGGCGAGUAACAAACUUGUUCUCUGGCUGCUAUACAUUUAAAUAUUUAAGGAGAAAAUAUCAUGCAAACUGCAAUGCAAUUUUUGUCCAUAAACAAGGAAAAAUAAAUAUGAAUAACUCAAUUAUAA